AUGGAGACAGUGCCGGUGCCGCCAGCACCACCUCCUCCAACCGGAAUUCCGGCAGCAGUAGACUCUUCUUCAUUCGGUGAUGCAAAAUGGAAAAUGCGUACUGAAGCAAGGAAUGGCUGCAUUACAAAGGCUGAGGGCUCAGUCGAAAUCCCAGAACGUCAGUCCGUUGCCUCUCUUCGAAAGCAAAUAGCCAGUAAAUUGGAGGUAAAAAUGCCAACCACCGCUUCAUCUCAUAGCACUGCUACAAGCGGUAAAACUGACCGUAGCAGUAGAAGCGGACCUACGUUAUUCGAACAGACGAAUCCUUCUACGGUAUCAAAUUAUCAAUAUUCAAUGCCGAGUACUUCGUACCCCGUCCCUAGCUUCACUUUGAAUCAGUCACCUACUGGUGCCGCCUUACCGAAGCAACAAUCUAUUGUGCAUGAACCUGCGCAGCGACAUCAGUCAUGCAUAACGCCGGUUUCGUUUAGCCGCACAACAGUCCUCACUUCCUCAGCACCUUUCUCUUGCAGCUUAUUCAGUACUCGACCUCCAGUGAAACGAUCACCCUCACCAACCUGCUGCCGUACAACAGCAUGUGAACACGCUAAAAGCAACCAUUCUGACGGUUCGGUUACCCUCUUAACACACGCCAUGCAGUCCAAUAAGGACAACAAAACGAAAGCGUGGAAUUAUGCAGACUUCCGUCAGCCUCUCUCCUCUUCGACACUAGCGGCAUCCGCUUCACCCUAUUCGGACACCCUCCAAGACACAAGUAUUACCUUAUUAAAGGAGAGCGCUGAGAACGGCAAUGAAAGCAACCACAAUUCUCAGUCCCUUACUACUCUUUCUGACCAAAGUCGCCCCACAUCGAUAAUAAGUGAUCACAUCCAUGAGGCUACCAACUGCCUGAAAAGCGGAUGUGAUGCUUCCUCACCACCACAGGCGGCCACAUUUGCACUCGGAUUUCAUAUGCCGUCAACUUUAAAACCACUAGAAUCAAGAACAGUAAAUAAUUGUUUAAUAGUUGCUUCACAGUCACAGGAGCGACAACAGCCAAAUAAUUCACAAAACAAUGAGACCUUUUGUGGAGGGAAUUGUGAGUCAAAAGAAGUCUCAGCUUUAACAUUCGGCCGUGAACCUGUGCCUGGAAACUCGCUGUGGUAUCCUACUAUGCACGCGAAAAUGCAAAAACCCGGGCAGCAAAGUAAGUUAUUUUCGAUCACUUCUUUGUGCUAUUUCGAUAAAUUCCAGUAA